UGCAGGAGUCCUUCUUCCUGUUUCCGUCAAUGCGGAAAUAUGAAGAAGCAUGACUGCCUGAGCCAUGCGAGCAGGAAAACAGCCUUAAAUUAAAUACCCAUUAAACACCAGGUCAGUUUAUCAGCUGGGGUUAUAUAAUGAAUAUUCUCCUGGUCGUUUUCUCUCAUGAUGGCACAAAGUGGAGCCGGAAGUCCUUGCACUGCUUGCAGAGAUUUCACGUUUGAGGAGAGCAACAACAACAAAAAGGAGUUACUGUCAGUCACCAUACCUGAGGUUCUUGAUCCUCAGUAUGGCAUGUAUGUGUGGCCCUGUGCGGUGGUGCUGGCUCAGUAUUUAUGGACAAAGAGAGACGAGCUGAGAGGCAGGACCGUUCUGGAGCUGGGUGCAGGCGUGGGUCUGCCAGGUGUGGUGGCUGCAAAGUGUGGGGCAAAGGUGAUCCUGUCAGACAACGCUCAGACUCCUCUGUGUCUGGAGAACUGCAGGCGGAGCUGUGAAGCAAACAGCCUCCAUGACGUGCAGGUGUUGGGUCUCACCUGGGGGGAAGUGUCACCAGAUCUGGUCCUGCUUCCCCAGCUGGAUGUCAUUUUGGGUUCAGACGUUUUCUACGACCCACAAGAUUUUGAAGACGUCCUGGUCACUGUGGCUUUCCUGCUGAGAAGAAACCCGAAGGCUCAGUUCUGGACCACGUACCAAGAGAGAAGUGCUGACUGGUCGGUCGAGGCGUUGCUCCUCAGGUGGAAACUGAACUGUGUCGACGUUCAGCUGGAGACGUUUGAUGCUGAUAAACCGGAGCUGGCCGGGUCAACACUUCCUGGAAACCACAGCGUGCUCAUGAUGAUCAUCACUCUGAAGACCGACGAUGUUUGACUAGAGAUGGAAGAUCUGAGGAGCAUUUUCACAACAGUGUCCAACUUCAACUUUAACUGUUCACCUGUAAAAUAAUGAUUUGUUACCUUAAUUAAAAAUUCACCUGGUUUUUACAAAAGACUGAAA